AUGGAAGUCGACCAGGUCAGCUCGCCGCUCGACCUGAAGAGGAAGACGGAAGUCACUCCAGAGGUUGAGCCGGAGAAAAAAGCCAAGCUUGCUCAAGAGAAUGGACAGCCAGAGAACAAUGAGCUACCAAUCACAGCAGAAGACAUUCGAAAACUAAAAGAAUUGCUUCGCCAGGAAGAGGCAAAGCUACUGUUAAUCAAGCGGAUCAAGGCGUCGAUCGCCAUCCCAGAGCAGAAAAAUGCGCGAGCUUCGCCGGCUUCUGCCAAGCAGCCGCUCAAGUUGCCUGUUUCAGUGAAUAGCAACUCCACUGUGAACAACGGGUUGAGCAACGGGCACGGCGCCGGUGCCCAAGCCGCCAGCAACAGCAACAUUUUAACCUCGAAAAUUACGGCGGCGAUGGGUGAAAUGGGUAGCGCGGUGGCGGGAGCUGGCAAGGGCAAAUCAUCCAGCGAGUCGAAUAAUACGCACUCGAGCAGCUCGCACUCGACACAGUCGGGAAGCAAGCUCGAACAAGUGACUCAGUCCUUCGAGCGCAGCAAGUCGAAGCGCGAGGAACUGAAGAACGAGCUCAACCAGACGUUGAACUCGAUCACGACGAUGCCGCCCUGCGCACAUCACGAUGUUAACUUCUUCCCAACGGUCGCAAACGCCGAGUUCUUGGCGUUGCUUGGUCUGGAGAAGUGCGUCGGACGUCUCAAACGCGAGGAACAGGCGCGGGCUGGCUAUUUACCGAUCGGAGCAACUAAUGGGAACACUCGCGUAUAA